ACACUCGCAGAAGUGGAAGUACGUUCCGUGUGCGCGCGCCUUCGAACCACGACAGCUCAAACUCGAAGAAAUUUGCGAGGCAAACUUUUUUCUUUCUUGUUACUGAUUUUUUUUCUGUUACAAUUGUUACCGUUUUGUUGUUUGAUAUUGUAAUUAACGCCACUAUUUUUGCAACGAUUUUAUUUCUCCGCUUGUUUUCGCGAAAUUACGUAUUGAUUGGAGAUUGAUCGAAGAGAGUAGUGUGUGCAAUAGCUCGCAAUUUGCAAAACGAUCGCGAUCGAGAAGCAACAAAAAAAAUCGCCCUGGAAAAGUGAAGAGCAAUUUGGAAUCCUCUCGAUUCGAUGCCCCCAAAGUGAGAGUUGGCCGCAGAUUUCGCACUGCUGACGAACGAACGGCGCGAUUCGGCAAAACCAAGUGGUGGCAGAGUGUUUACUGUUGCAUGUCGCAAAAGCAAGAAUAACACAGAAGGAGGAAGAAAACCGGGCCAGAUAACCGAAGAAGAAGUGUUCAUUUGCUGCAGCAGUCCCUCCUCGCGUGGAGUUGAACGCUGUGCGGCCAAGGUUUUUUCCACUGACGUUGUGUCACCGAGCGGACCGAACUUUACCGAAUUCUACGCCAGAGUAGGCAGGCUUAAGCCGAGCGGAGCUACGACAUAGUUUCUUCGGUUGACGAGGGAAGAGAUUCCGCACCCGAAAACUAUACCCAACUAACAACUAGUGGACGACGGUCAAAGCGCGCAAGUAGAUUGAGCGGCUGUCAAGAUUUGGCCGCGCCGUCACACACAAUAUGAAGCAGAUUAACAGUCUGGAGGACUCGACGCCGCCGCUGACAAUGGCGGCAAUCGUGCGUCGUCGGGCGGAGGCCAUCAAGCACAACAGCGAGUGCGAAACGGACGAGCAGCGCCACAAUCAGAUCCUGCCAUCGCUCGGGACCAGCACGAUCGUCGCGUCGGACUCGGGCGUGUUCAUGUCGACGUCGGACAUCGACCGGACGCACAGCGUAAGCGCCAGCACGCACCAGCUGGCCGCCGUCGAGGAGUACACGGAACCGCCGACGGGGCUGAAAUCCACGUACGUGCUCGGCGAGGAGAACGACGAUGAGGAGGAAGAGGACAUCAUCGAGCUAGACCAAGAGAACAGUAAGACUGAACGGAAACUGGGAAACAAGCGGACCUGCCAGAGCCUGCCGGACGUCAACAGUCCUCGGGCGCUGAGCACUGCCGUCGUAACCACCUGUGAUAGCAGUAGUGAUAUAGUUGUAGCACCCAACAUGGACGAAGGCCUGGCGACCCGACCGUGCGAUACCGGCGGUGCCAAAGCGAAGCAGCAACGAUCUUCGGCUAUACCCGCCUCCGGAACCGCGCUCCUGCAGUCCAAAAAGCUGGUCGAUCCCAGCCUGCUGCAGGCGUUCUCCAUCGAUCCCAAGCUGAUCAAUAAGUACGACGGGCUGGAGCACACGCUGUACUACAUCGACGAGAACGGCAGUCCCAAGCUGCGGGACAAGUUCUCCGUGCAGCAGCAGCUGGCCGAGGAGAAGAAGCGCCGGAAACGGGAACGCAAGAUGGAGAAGUAUGGGGUGGACGCGGACGCGGUGACGCCCCAGUGUACCUGCUUCAGCUUCAGCCGGCUGUCCCGGAAGUUUCGGGAGAUGUGUAAGGAUGGUUCAAAAGUGACAACGGUUGUGGCAACAGCCGGCCAAGGACCAGACAGACCACAGGAAGUAUCGUACACAGAUACGAAGGUGAUCGGCAAUGGAAGCUUCGGUGUCGUCUUCCAGGCGACGCUCUGUGAUACGGGCGAGCUCGUCGCGAUCAAGAAGGUGUUACAGGACAAACGAUUCAAGAACCGCGAACUGCAGAUUAUGCGACGGCUAGAACACUGUAAUAUUGUUAAACUAAAAUAUUUCUUUUACUCCAGCGGCGAAAAGCGGGACGGUUUCCCCUUCGACAUGGGGAUAUUUGCCGGUGCAUUGCAGACACAGAAAGACGAAGUUUAUCUCAACCUAGUGCUCGAAUAUAUUCCAGAAACCGUUUACAAAGUGGCUCGUUACUAUGCUAAAAACAAACAAACGAUACCAAUCAAUUUUAUCAGACUCUACAUGUACCAGCUGUUCCGGAGUCUCGCGUACAUCCACUCGCUCGGUAUCUGCCAUCGUGAUAUCAAACCCCAGAACCUGCUGCUCGACCCGGAGACGGCCGUACUGAAGCUGUGCGACUUUGGCAGCGCCAAGCAGCUGCUGCACGGCGAACCGAACGUGUCGUACAUCUGCUCGCGAUACUACCGGGCACCGGAGUUGAUAUUUGGUGCCAUAAACUAUACCACAAAGAUCGACGUCUGGAGCGCGGGCUGUGUACUGGCAGAGCUGCUGCUCGGGCAGCCCAUCUUCCCCGGUGACUCCGGCGUCGACCAGCUGGUCGAGAUCAUCAAAGUGCUCGGCACGCCCACCCGGGAACAGAUCAAGGAGAUGAACCCGAACUACACGGAAUUCAAGUUCCCCCAGAUCAAGAGUCAUCCAUGGCAGAAGUUAAUGCUAGAGCGAAUGUCUUUCCCCUCUGCCACGACCGACCACCAACGAAUUAGAGUAUUCCGGGCACGCACCCCGCCCGAUGCGAUCGCCCUCGUGUCCCGACUGCUCGAGUACACCCCGGGCACCCGGAUCACCCCCAUCCAGGCCUGCGCGCACCCGUUCUUCAACGAGCUGCGGGAGGGCAACAAGCAGCUGCCGAACGGGCGCGAGUUUCCGCCGCUGUUCAACUUCACAGAGCAAGAGCUAGCGAUCCAGCCCAGCCUGAACCUGAUCCUGAGGCCGCGGAACCCGAACGACGCGAAAGCUGGCCAGUCGUCGAGCUCGGCCGACGGCGGUGCCGGUGCCUCCGGUGGGAACGGCGCUGGCGGCAGCAGCAGCAACAACAACAACGGUGGCAGCAGCAAUAGUGGCACCUCGGCGGCGGACGGCGGCUCCCAGGGGCAGGGCCAGGACGGUGGCAGCGGCAGCAGCCAGCCAGCCGGCGGUGCCGGUUCGCAAUCCGGGGGCGGCGCGGACGAUAUUCCGACGGCACAGUCGGGCGGCGUGCCCGGCGUGGACAGCAGUUCCAGUCAAGGGGCUCUCGCUUCGGCGGCAACUUCUACAAUGGGUUAGCUUUAAUUUUGUGCGUACACAUUAAAUAUUAUAAAUAUAUUUUUUUAAUUUUAAAAUAUUAAUUUAACGCGAGGAUGAAAAUAAACAAAAAGAAACACACACUAGAAGAAGAAGCAACCAAGAGAGAAACAAAAAACAGCAAAAUCGUGGUUUAUUAAAAUUACUAGUGAGGUAAAGAAAAAAUAAAAGUAAAAGAAUAAACAAACAAACAACACACAUUACUAUCUAUAGCAAAAAUUUAAUACUUAAACACAAAACAAGCAACCACUAAUAGAAAGAAGGGAAGAAAAUUCAAGUAAACCAUACAGACAUUCACUUUAAAAAAGCAAAAAAAGGAGAUAUCUGAACGAUGCAAGAGUAAUAUUUCAAGCGACAUUAUAAUUACUAAAGGACAAAAAUUGAACACACACUUACAUUCACCAACCCCACACACACCCACGCAAUCCCAGCCCAAGUUUAGAGGAUCAAACUCACGUUUUGCAACAGCAAAAAAAAAAGAAAGAGGAAGAAGAAAAAAAUGCGAUUUAAAUAAAGUGGACGAGCAAAAGUGUAGUUUCAAUUUGCUAGUUAUAGUUGAAAAGUUCAGUUUAUCGUUCUCUUGUGACUGCAACAAAAAAAAACAAACAAACAAACAAAAAAAUAUAAUAAUUAUAAAUUGAGAGAAAGGGUGAACAAAAACAGAAAAAAACGUUACGCAGUGUGGCGAAUGGGAGAAAUUCGUCCCGACUCGUGUUUAUUACAUAUAUAUAUGUAUGUAUACUUUAUAUAUUUUUGUGUUUAAAGUUUUGACAGAGAGCGGCGCCGCGUGCGCCCCCUCGUUUUUUCUUGCCCCCGCGACAUGUAUCGUGCUGUGGGGUUCAGAGUUUUUCUUUUUCUUUUCUGUUUUAUGCAUAAAUAAAAGUAUGAUUUAAGAGAGCGUAACGUGUAAUGUGUUUGUAACGCAGCGUUGAAAGUCAACACAGAGACUUUGAGACGAUUUCUAGCAGCAGCGCAACUGUGAGGGGAGAAAAUGUUGAAAUUUACGAAAAACAAAUUGAGCAUGAGGUUCGGCGAACGACGCGUCUGUUAGGAGUAACAUGUGUAGAACGGUGUGGAACAAUUGUUUAUAUUAUUAUUAGCGAUGAAAAACAGAAAUAACUAUUCAAAUACACAAACACUCACACACAGACAAGUACCACUAACACGUAAAACAGAGUCUUGCGAGAAACCAGAAUGUGAAUGAAGCAUAAUGCAAAAAAUUACUCAACAAAAACUCUUCUCUUUAUCACUUUGAAAUUUGAAAUCGAGAGCAAAUUACUACACAGCAAAACAAAACAAAUCAACACCCUAUUUAAAGGAUCAAACUCUGCAGCAACAGCGAGAAGAAGAAGUAAAUAUAUAAACGGCAAAACAAAAACGUUUUCCUUUUCCUCGAGCUACACAGAAGAAAGAUGAAACACACACACACCGUGAAUGGUCUACCGUGAGCGUUCGCGCGCGAACGCCAGACCGCGAGCAUAAUUAUAAUAAUCAAACAAUAAAUUAUUUUAAAAUAAAAAACAAAAAAAAACAAACACUGAGAAAGAAAAUCAAUGAAAAAAACACUUUUUUGUAGUAUAAACAAAGUAUAUAUAUUAACGCAUAAGUAAUUUAAAUUUAAAUCCCAAAAAAAAGAUGAGAAAAUUAAAAGAAAAAAAGAAAACAGAGAAAGAAACGGCAAAACCGAUAAUUUAACACACACACACAGAAACACUGAGAAAAAAAGCGUGGUGAGAUCGCGCGCGUGGCGAACAUGAAUAAAAAAACAAACAGAAAAAAAUAGCCGAAAGUUGUAAUUAAAAAAGAAAACCACACACACACAGAUAAUGAAAAGAAAAGAAAAAAAUAUCGUUGUCGCUGUAAAAAAAAAUGAAGCAGUAAAGCAAAACAAGUAAAAACAAGUACAGCAGUGAGGACGAAGUAAUGUUUAACAACAACAACAAAACACACACACACAUAGUAACUGCUACAAUUUUUAGCUAUUAGAUAUUUUAAUCAGCUAGAAAAAAAAGUAAAUAAAGGAAAAAAUGUUAAGAGA